AUGAUGGUGCAGGGCCUGGGUGCACGCAGUGGACAGGCGCACGCGCAGGUAUACGCCUUAAGUAAGACAGGGAUCGAGCGAUCGGUGCUCUCGUUCACACCACGUGGUGGGGCAGACCCGGGGAGGCGCGGGCGAUACAGCAGUCUGCUAGUUUACCAGGGCGGAGUGACAUUCAACUUCCAAGAGAAUCGACAGGGCCCGGUGCAAGUGUCCGAUUUAUCGAUCGAACCCGUAACAAAAACAAAUAUCUAUGACAGUGCUCAAAGCAAAAACAUAACAUUGGAUGAUAUAUUCAUAAGUGUCAAAACAACGAAACACUAUCAGUAUACCAGGCUACCGAUCAUUUUGAAAACAUGGUUCCAGCUUGCAAAAGAACAGACAUGGUUCUUUACGGACACAGACAACCGCCAACAUCAAAAUCAGACGAAUGGUCACAUGGUAAACACCAAGUGCUCGGCGUCCCACCAACGUAAACACCUCUGCUGCAAAAUGUCCGUUGAGUACGACCACUUUUUGGAAAGCAGUAAAAAAUGGUUCUGCCACUUUGACGACGACAACUAUGUGAACGUCCCACGUCUAGUAAAGAUACUUCAAAAGUACAACCAUCAAGAAGACUGGUACUUGGGACGAACUUCGGUAUACGAACCCGUUAAAAUAUUCAAAAAGCCAACCAAUAAGUUGAUGUUUUCAUUCUGGUUUGCAACGGGGGGAGCUGGAUUUUGUAUUAGCCGCAGCUUAGCUCUGAAAAUGUUGCCAGUGGCAAGUGGCGGCCGAUUCAUUAGUAUCUGUGAAGGUAUUCGAUUACCAGAUGACGUAUCAAUCGGAUUUGUUAUUGAACACCUAAUGAAGAAGAAUUUAACGCUAGUUCCAGAAUUUCACUCGCACUUGGAACAGAUGAAGCUUAUAAUUCCCGAGACGUUCCGAGAUCAAAUUUCGUUUAGCUACGCAAAGACGAAGGAUGAAUGGAAUGUCGUUAAUGUGCCUGGAUUUGAUACUAGUUACGAUCCUACCAGGUUCCUCUCGCUGCAUUGUUUCCUGUUUCCCCAUUUUAAAUUUUGCCCCAGA